GCUUUCAGGGGGGUUUUUGGGGGUCCCAAAGGGUAUUUUGGGGUCUCUGACCCCCCUUUUUUUGGCCCCCUCCAGAAGGUGUCCCCGGGGGGUCUCCCCACGUUCUCCGCCCACCCCGCCCGCUUCUCCCCCGACGACAAAUUCUCCCGCCACCGUUUGGCCCUAAAACGACGUUUUGGGAUCCUGCCCACCCAGAAGGGACGGGCCCUGCUCUGAGGGGGGACCCCAAAAACCCCCCAAAAACCCACC